AUGUCGACGAUAUCGCGGCGGGCGUGCACAACGAUUCAACGUCGGGCAGCACGUUAUGCGCCGAAAUACGCUCGUUCAGCUUCAUCUCACGCACAUGGAGAGCACCACCACCACGACCAUCACCAUCACGAAGAGGCGCAUCCAUUCACAUAUCGACAAGAGACAAUGACUUCUCGACCGAUCAUCCUGACCAGUGCCGCCUUUGUCGCUCUCGUUGGAAUGAACGCGGCCGGACUUUUCGACGUAAAGGAUAACAAGCACCCCAUCACUCGCUACAUUGCGUCAACAAUCGAUUCGAGAGAUGCUAUCAUGGAAGAAAACCUGCACAGAAUCAACGACGCAAAGGAAGAGGCCGCAAACUAUCGUCUCGAGUCGACUGCUCGCAAGGAUCCCGUCAAGGGCGUCAGGAACCCAGGUUUGGCUGCCAUUGAUCUCAACCGGCUUACCCGUCAGGUCAGUGGCUUAUAUAUUCUAUCCUUGCAACGCUAA